AUGUCGCGCUCCCACCUGGGCUCACAGCUCACGUGCACAGUCACAGCGUGUUGGAUCUGUGAGUACACCUACUUGUUCAUUCAUUUUUUGGUUGUCCUAAUGUGCUAUACCAUGUGUCCCUCCCCAGUUCUGGCUUGCUGUACAGACUCGGUGCUCACCGUUCGCCUGACGGACGACUUUGGCGGAGAUUUUUUUGCCCCGGCCGUUGUACAAUCGCACCCAACAGACGCCACCACCCCUCCCACCCCGGCUCACAGCGCUUUCACAGAUGGCAGCCCCCCUGUUGGUCAUGAGCACACAACGAAACUGGUCCCGGGCUUUGGAGACACCUCGUCGACUUCCAAUAGUGAAGAGGAAACGUCGGCUCGAAACUUUGGACCCACUGAUAGAACUUCAGUCGACGGUUGGGAUUUUACAUCGACUUCAGCCGGUGAUGGGACCACCCCACCUACUGAGGCGGCCCCCACCACUUUCGACCCAUUCUUCAACUUAUUUCCUAACACUAACGUCUUCGGCUUUCCUUUCUCUGCUGGCACCGGUAACCCUUCCACCAUCAACCCAAACACCGACUCCACUACAGCUGGUUCAGAGUUCCCAACUCCACCUGAGGUCAUGUCCUCCCCAUUUGCCCCCUCCCCAGGUGACUCAAACAACACCACAACCGCCCCAAACACAAACAUCACCACAACCGUCCCAAACCCAAACACCACAACCGCCCCAAACUCAAACAUCACCACAACCGUCCCAAACCCAAACACCACAACCGCCCCAAACACAAACACCACAACCGUCCCAAACACAAACAUCACCACAACCGCCCCAAACACCACUACAACAACAGCUAAUCCAGAGAUUCCAACUGCACCUGAGGUCAUGCACAAGCCAUUUGCCCCCACCCGAGGUGACCCAAACAUCACCACAACCGCCCCAAACACAAACAUCACCACAACCGUCGCAAACACAAACCCAAACACCACCACCAACCCUAAGACAAACCCAGUCAGCUCAGAGAUCCCCCCAGGCCCCCCUGAGAUGGACCCUUUGGGACAUACUCCUCCUGCCCCCACCCUCUCCACACCUACCAUAACCGUAGACCUCGCAGACUCCGAGAAACAGCAUCAGACUGUCUUCAUCACCAUAUUGGAUCGAAAAGAAGUGAGCAUCUCAGUAGUUUUGUAG